AUGCCCGAGCCAUCAGGUAGUCUCCCGCUCGGCGGCUUCAUCGCCAUCAACCACGCAGGCAUUCCCGUGGGCUCGGACUCUCACGGCAUGGAUCUAUCUCAUGGCGCUGGAAGCCUCGAUAUGCUCGACUCUCUCCUCGGUCGUUCGCUUGACUCCCAUCUUCCUCCAUCACGCCGUCCUAAAGUAGCAGAGUCGCGCAAGAAGGAGCUCGAUGCGAGCGAAAAGGCGCUGGCAAAGAUCUACGAGUCGUUCGAAUUCGAUCCCCUUUGGUCCAAGCUCAGCGACGUGCUGUCACGUAUGAAGAACGACCCCGGUGCGGCUCAAAUACUUCUACCUUUGAUCGAGAGCAUGAUGGUCAUUUCUCAGAACAUCACCAACACAGAUACCGAGUCCCCGAGCGCUCCUGGCGAGGUCCGACCACCACAUAGCCGUUCUUCCACUCAGGGCGGUCCCAAGUCACCACGACAAGUCAUGGAGGACAACUUCUUCGCCUUUACAGAGAAGCAUCGCAAGAUCCUCAACAUUAUGGUACGCCAGAACCCUUCCCUCAUGUCCGGAUCCUUCGCCUUGCUUGUCCGCAACCCAAAGGUGCUCGAUUUCGACAAUAAGAAGAACUACUUCACCCAGCAGCUCCACAAAGGUCGACGCGAUCACUAUACCCCCCUUUCCUUGUCUGUUCGAAGGAAUUCCGUCUUCGAGGACAGCUUCCGCUACUUUUCUAGGAAGACGGGCCCCGAGGUCAAGCACGGCAAGCUCAACGUCCGCUUCAACAACGAAGAGGGUAUCGACGCUGGCGGUGUCACGAGGGAGUGGUUCCAGGUCUUAGCCAGAGCCAUGUUCAAUCCAGACUAUGCGCUCUUCCAGCCCUGCGCCGCCGAUCGCACCACGUACCAACCCAAUCGCAUGUCCUACGUCAACCCAGACCAUCUCUCCUUCUUCAAGUUCGUCGGACGCAUCAUUGGUAAAGCCAUCUACGACGGUCGACUCCUCGACGCCUAUUUCACACGCAGCUUCUACAAGCACAUCCUGGGCAAGCCGGUCGACUACCGUGAUCUGGAGUCCAUCGACCCAGAAUACUUCAAGAGUCUCGAAUGGAUGCUCAACAACGACAUCACAGAUAUCCUCGACCUCACCUUCAGCGUCGACGACGAAGAAUUCGGUGAGACAAAAGUCAUCGAUCUCAAGCCCAACGGGAAUACCAUCGCAGUCACCGAGGCCAACAAGCAAGAGUACGUGCGUCUCGUCACUGAACAGAGGCUCACAAAAUCCAUUAAAUCGCAGAUAGACGCCUUCCUUGGCGGCUUCAACGAGAUCAUCCCUUCCGACCUUAUCCGCAUCUUUUCCGAGCAGGAGCUCGAGCUUCUUAUCUCGGGUCUCCCAGACAUCGAUGUCGAUGCCUGGAAGAACAACACAGAGCUGCACGGUUACAGCUCUGGCGACGCCGUCAUUCAGUGGUGGUGGCGUGCCGUCCGAUCCUUCGAUCAGACCGAGAAGGCUAAGCUACUACAGUUUAUCACCGGCACCAGCAAAGUGCCGCUCGAGGGCUUCGCCCACCUCCAAGGUGUGCAGGGAACACAGAGGUUCAACAUUCACAAGGCUUACGGAGCCGAUCGAUUGCCAGCAGCGCAUACAUGCUUCAAUCAGCUCGACCUGCCCCAGUACGAAUCGUACGAAAAGCUGCGAUCUUCGCUCUUGCUGGCCAUGACCGAAGGCGGAGAAGGUUUCGGCUUCGCCUAG